CUCUUUUUCUUGAUUAAUUACUCGUAUUACUAAGAGCAAAGAGCAUCCCUUGGUAUAAUUAUAUAAAGGCAUGUUGAGAAAAAAAGGUCGGUUUUUUUCUCAUAUUUCAGCGCCUCCUGUAGAAACUACAAUUAACUCCUUAAUAUUUUCCUGAUUCGCUCUCUUCAGCAGCCAUUGUUGCAAACCUCAAUUUCACAAACCUAAUUUCGGCGUUUUACACGAUUGUAAAAAUCGAAGGGUGAAAGCAAAAUCAGAGAGAAAUUUCGCAAUUUAGGGCACACUUUUGGAAAUUUUUUUAAUCAGUUGUGUAAAUCGGGAGGAUUAUAAAUGGGAAAAAAAAAGAAUAUAGUGAUAGAUGACGAUGAGUAUUCACUUGGGACUGAGAUGUCUGAGGAGUCCCAGGUUACGGAGGAGAAGGUAGUUCCUACUGCUGGUGGGAAGAAGAAGAAGGGAAAGAAGGGAAAUUCUAAGGGGGCACAGGGGAGAGUUGAGGAAGACGAGGAGGUUCCGGAAGUAGUGUUUGUUGGGAAGAAGAAGUCGUCGAAGAAAGGUGGUGGUAAGGUGAGUUUUGAGUUGUUAGGGAAUGAGGAUAAUGAUGAUCAGGGGAAAGAUGAGAGUGAUGAUGAGGAUGUAUCUAUAGUGAGCUUUGCGGGAAAGAAAAAGUCGUCGAAGGGUUCAAAGAAGGGUGGUGGUAUGGCUAGUUUUGAGCUAUUAGGGGAUGAGAAUGGUGAUGAUGAUGAUGGUGUGGGGAAGAGUCAGAGUGAGGAGGAGGAGGAUGUACCUGCUGUGAGCUUUACAGGGAAGAAGAAGCCAUCAAAAGGUAAGAAAGGUGGUUUGAAGACAAGUUUUGCAAUGUUGGAUGAUGAGGAGAAUGAUAAAGAUGAGAGUGUUUUAGGUGAAGAGGAUGAAGCUCUGGCAGUGAGCUUUGUUGGGAAGAAGAAAUCAUCUAAAAGUUCAAAGAAGGGUGGGAGUUUGUUCAGUGCUGCGUUGUUGGAAGAAGAUGGUGAAGAGGAUGGAGUAAUUGACGAUGAAGCUGACAUUGUUGCAUUUACUGGUAAAAAGAAGUCAUCCAAAAAGAAAGGUAGCAAUGCAUUGGCUGCUUUAGGAGAUGAUACCUCCACUAAUAAUAAUGCAGAAGUGGAUGACUCUGUGUCUCAAGAAAAGGUCAGUGUGGCAAUGCCUGAAACUUCAAAGAAUAAGAAGAAGAAAAAAAAGGGUGGAAGGACAACUGAAGAACAGGACGAUUUGGAUAAGAUUUUGGCAGAGCUAGGUGAAGGGCCUGCGGUUUCAAAGCCAGAGCCAUCCCCAGCUCCAGUGCAACCAUCUCAAGCUGAGAAAGUUGAUACACAAUUGGAACCUGUUGAGUUGACUGAGGCAACAGGUGAAAAAGAGGGUGAAGAUGAAGGAAUCGCAGAGUUAUCAGCGGCAGCAAAGAAGAAGAAAAAGAAGAAAGAGAAGGAGAAGGAGAAAAAAGCAGCAGCUGCUGCUGAGCAAGAGAAAGAAACAAAAAGUAAAGCAGUGGACAAGAAAGUUCCCAGUUAUCUCAAAGGAAUGCGAGAGCAACUAGCUAGGCGUCAGGAGGCCGAAGAAAGGCAAAAGAAAGAAGAGGAGGAAAGGUUAAGGAAGGAAGAAGAGGAGCGCCUCAAGCAAGAGGAGCUUUUAAGGCAGGCUGAGGAAGCCAAACUCAGGAAAAAGGAGAAGGAUAAGGAAAAGCUUCGGUUGAAGAAGGAGGCUGGUCUGCUGCUUACUGCGAAGCAAAAGGAAGAACAACGUCGGAGAGAAGCAAUGAGAAGUCAAUUUCUUGCAUCUGCUGGAAUCAAGCUACCUGCCUCUGACAAUGGCGCUCCAACAAAGCGCCCUAUAUACACAACAAAGAAGUCAAAGUCAAACCGACAAACUAAUGGUUCGAAGACUCAAACUAUUGAUGAUACAGAGAUUACACAGGAAGCUGUUGGCGAUAGCGAAUCUGUUGAAACAGAGAAGCUGGAUGAGGUUUGCACAAUGGAUGAAGAGGAGAAGGCUGAAGUUGCUAAUGAUAUAGAAGCAAAUGUUGUGGCUGAAGAGGAAGAAGAAGAUGAUGAUGAGGACUGGGAUGCGAAAAGUUGGGAUGACAAUAACCUUUCUUUACCUGUUAAGGGGGCAUUUGAAGAUGAGGAAGCUGAUUCAGGAGCUCAGUCAGUAGUCAAAAAGGAAGUUAAACAGGUCGCCCAAUCUGUUUGUGAUACUUCUAAACCUGCUGCAGCAGCUAAUGAGGCUAUAUCAUCUCAGCCAACUAAAGGCCAGACUGCUCACAUUAAGCAGAAACAUACUGACUCUGCAGGAAAGAAAUCAAGUUCAGAUAUUCAGGCUAAUAACAGUGAAGGAAAUCUUAGGUCUCCAAUAUGCUGUAUAAUGGGUCAUGUUGACACUGGUAAAACCAAGUUGCUUGAUUGUAUCAGACAUACUAAUGUUCAGGAAGGUGAAGCUGGUGGUAUUACACAACAAAUUGGAGCAACAUACUUCCCUGCUGAAAACAUUCGAGAAAGGACCAGGGAAUUGAAGGCUGAUGCAAAGCUGAACGUCCCAGGUCUUCUUGUUAUUGACACCCCAGGGCAUGAAUCUUUCACCAACUUGCGAUCACGGGGUUCUGGGCUGUGUGAUAUUGCUAUCUUGGUUGUGGACAUCAUGCAUGGCUUGGAACCGCAGACAAUUGAGUCACUUAACCUUUUGAGGAUGAGAAAUACUGAGUUUAUUGUGGCCUUGAACAAGGUGGACCGGCUUUAUGGGUGGAAAACAUUGCGCAAUGCACCAAUUGUGAAGGCUCUGAAACAGCAAUCCAAGGAUGUGCAAAAUGAGUUUAAUAUGAGGGUCACAUCGGUAAUUACCCAGUUUAAGGAACAGGGUUUAAAUACUGAAUUGUACUAUAAAAACAAAGAUAUGGGUGAAACAUUCAACAUUGUUCCAACCAGCGCAAUAAGUGGGGAAGGUGUUCCUGAUUUGCUAUUGCUAUUAGUACAGUGGUCACAAAAGACUAUGAUUGAGAAGCUUACCUUCAAAAAUGAACUUGAGUGUACUGUACUGGAGGUUAAGGUCGUUGAAGGUCACGGAACAACCAUUGAUGUUGUAUUGGUCAAUGGUGUUCUUCAUGAAGGGGACCAAAUUGUUGUUUGUGGCAUGCAGGGCCCUAUUGUUACCACCAUCCGUGCUCUGCUGACACCUCAUCCAAUGAAGGAGCUUAGAGUCAAGGGAACAUAUCUGCAUCAUAAACAAAUCAAGGCGGCACAGGGGAUUAAAAUUUCUGCACAGGGUCUUGAGCAUGCUAUUGCUGGGACUGGCUUGUAUGUUGUGGGACCUGAUGAUGACCUUGAGGAGAUAAAAAGAUCAGCCAUGGAAGACAUGGAGUCUGUAUUGAACCGGAUAGAGAAGACUGGAGAGGGGGUCUGUGUGCAAGCAUCUACCCUCGGAUCAUUGGAAGCAUUGUUGGAAUUUUUGAAAUCACCAGCUGUAAACAUUCCUGUUAGUGGCAUAAGUAUAGGCCCUGUGCACAAGAAGGAUGUUAUGAGGGCAAGUGUCAUGCUUGAGAAGAAGAAAGAGUAUGCGACAAUUUUGGCAUUUGAUGUCAAGGUCACAACCGAGGUAGAGGAAUUUGCAGAAGAUACUGGUGUUAAGAUCUUUAAGGCUGAUAUCAUAUAUCAUUUGUUUGAUCAAUUCAAAGCGUACAUUGAUGGUAUCAAGGAGGAGAAGAAAAAGGAAGCUGCUGAGGAGGCAGUCUUUCCUUGUGUACUCAAGAUUAUGCGUGAUUGCGUAUUCAACAAAAAGGAUCCUAUUGUCUUGGGGGUGGAUGUUAUUGAAGGGGUUCUAAAGAUGGGAACACCAAUCUGUGUUCCUUCAAAGGACUUUAUAGACAUUGGGCGUAUUGCUUCCAUUGAAAUUAAUAAAAAACCAAUUGAGUCAGCGAAGAAAGGCCAACAAGUUGCCAUUAAGAUUGUGGGUACCAACCCUGAAGAGCAGCAAAAGAUGUUUGGAAGACACUUUGAUAUCGAAGAUGAGCUUGUUAGCCAUAUUUCCAGAAAAUCUAUUGAUGUGCUCAAAGCUAAUUACAAGAAAGAUGAGUCUAUGCCUAAUGAGAAUUGGAGGUUGCUUGUUAAAUUGAAGAAUCUGUUUAAGAUACAGUAAGCUUCCAUUGCUGCUCCUGUACUAUUCCGACAUUUUUGUGUAGAUAAGCGAGUCUUACAUGGAGCUGAAGUUUCAACUUGAAGUACAAAGUUGGUUGUUGGAUACCAACUCAGGUUCUCUUCUUGGCUGGUUCUCUUCCCAUUUUUAUUAAUGGCUGGAGAUAUGCUCGCUGUCAUCGGAGUUUUGUCACCCUUCAAUUUACUACAUCGAAAGCUAAUGGAGCUAGAUGCUGGGAACUGAUUGGCGUCCUUUUUGGCGUCGAGACAGAAUGAGAUAACUCUGAUCAAUACCUCAGGCAUUUGCCUUGUAUUUUUUUAAUCUUUUGCAGUUUUCUGGAUAGAGAGGGAAGGGGGGGUUGCGUUUAUGAGUGAUUUACAUAUUAUGAUAUUUGCUGUUCGAUGUUUUUGAAUAACUAUUUGCUUUAGAAUAAAAGAUUACUUUCACGAAGAA